UCCUCAGCACCAUGUACCCAGCACUCCGGCUCCUCGCGCGCUCGCGUCGCCUCGUGCGGGCUCCAGCCUCGACCUCAGUUCCGGGCUUGAGUGGCGCAGCCGUCCCCCCAUCCUGGCCCCCGAACGCGGCUCGAAUGGCAAGUCAAAAUUCUUUCCGGAUAGAAUAUGAUACCUUUGGUGAACUCAAGGUCCCAAAUGAUAAGUAUUAUGGCGCCCAGACUGUGAGAUCUACAAUGAACUUUAAGAUUGGAGGUGUGACGGAACGCAUGCCAGAUUAUAGAACUUCACAACAGGCAGCUGAAUCCUUGAGGAAAAUCUCUUUGUCAUUGCCCCCUACAGCCUGCUUGAUCCCAGUUAUUAAAGCUUUUGGCAUCUUGAAGCGAGCGGCCGCUGAAGUAAACCAGGAUUAUGGUCUUGAUCCAAAGAUUGCUGAUGCAAUAAUGAAGGCAGCAGAUGAGGUAGCUGAAGGUAAAUUAAAUGAUCAUUUUCCUCUCGUGGUGUGGCAGACUGGAUCAGGAACCCAGACAAAUAUGAAUGUAAAUGAAGUCAUUAGCAAUAGAGCAAUUGAAAUGUUAGGAGGUGAACUUGGUAGCAAGAAACCUGUGCAUCCCAAUGAUCAUGUUAAUAAAAGCCAGAGCUCAAAUGAUACUUUCCCCACAGCAAUGCACAUUGCUGCUGCAGUAGAAGUUCAUGAAGUACUGUUACCAGGACUACAGAAGCUACAUGAGGCGCUCAAUGCGAAAUCCAAAGAGUUUGCGCAGAUCAUCAAAAUUGGGCGUACUCAUACUCAGGAUGCUGUUCCACUUACUCUUGGGCAGGAAUUCAGUGGUUACGUUCAACAAGUGUCAUAUGCAAUGGCGAGGAUAAAAGCUGCUAUGCCAAGAAUCUAUGAGCUUGCAGCUGGAGGCACCGCUGUCGGUACCGGCUUAAAUACUAGAAUUGGCUUUGCAGAAAAGGUUGCUGCAAAAGUGGCUGCACUCACAGGGUUGCCCUUUGUCACUGCUCCAAAUAAAUUUGAAGCUCUGGCUGCUCAUGAUGCUCUGGUUGAGCUCAGUGGAGCCAUGAACACCACUGCUUGCAGUCUGAUGAAGAUCGCAAAUGAUAUUCGUUUUCUGGGCUCUGGUCCUCGGUCGGGUCUGGGUGAACUGAUCUUGCCUGAAAAUGAACCCGGAAGCAGUAUCAUGCCAGGCAAGGUGAACCCCACUCAGUGUGAAGCGAUGACCAUGGUUGCAGCCCAAGUCAUGGGGAAUCAUGUCGCUAUAACCGUUGGAGGCAGCAAUGGACAUUUCGAGUUGAAUGUUUUCAAGCCAAUGAUGAUUAAAAAUGUGUUACACUCAGCCAGGCUGCUGGGGGAUGCUUCAGUUUCCUUCACAGAAAACUGCGUGGUGGGCAUCCAGGCCAACACAGAAAGGAUCAACAAGCUGAUGAAUGAGUCUCUAAUGUUGGUGACAGCUCUCAAUCCUCACAUAGGGUAUGAUAAGGCAGCAAAGAUUGCCAAGACAGCACACAAAAAUGGAUCAACCUUAAAGGAAACUGCUGUUGAACUUGGUUAUCUCACAGCAGAGCAGUUUGAUGAGUGGGUAAAACCUAAGGACAUGCUGGGUCCAAAGUGAUUUAAAUACAUUUAUAAUG